GUACAACAUGGUUCUUAAAAAAAACUCCUCUGCCAAGAAAACUCCGCCUGAAUCCUUCGAAGACCGAGACAAAACCGCCCCCUUGCUCAAGUGAAGCAUCUGUAUUUACCUUCCACCUACCCUCGCCAGGUAGCUGCCAAAGUAGAGGACCUCCCUGCCGAUUACCUGCUAAACAACAUUCGGACGCUGCGCUUUCAUCCAGCCCUCAACGAAGCUUCCGGCCUUCUUCAGAAUCUGUGAUUCCUUCAGCUGUUUCCCGUUCCAGAGCCGCUGGUUCCUCUCGUUGCACAGCCCCCAACACCCAAGCACCACUCUGGCUUAAUUGGGAAGAUUCAUCGCCGGAGCUUGCACGGUGACGACUGACGAGGAGUCUGAAUCCCAGUCUAGUCGAAUAAAGUUGAUCAGCCCUCCAUAAUUUCUUUAACAUAGUAAGGAUGUUUUCUUUUGGACUGAAAUGUGCUGGUCUGAACUGGUCGGGGGCGUAAGGCGUUGCAUCCGAAGCGUGAAUCUGAUUUCUAAAAGAAGGAGAUGGCAGGUUCAAAAGAGCUUAAUUGGGAAGGAAAAACCACAGCAAGCUUAAAUGGUCCAAAAGCACACAAAGUAUGGUCUGUCUUGGUUGAAGACUUCUCCGACAUUCAAAAAUGGCUCCCCAACUUAGAUCAGAGCCAUCAUGUUGAAGGAGUGAAGGGAGAGGUUGGAUGGGUCCGGUAUGUCGCCUCCACGGCAUCAUCGGGCAACGAAAAUAAGGUAAGGUGGUGUCGCGAGAGGCUGGUUAGCAUUGACCACGACGGAAAGUGUAUGAGCUAUCAAGUUUUGGAAAACAACAUCGGGAUCAAGAGCUACAUUGCUACGCUCAAGGUGUUGCCCACAUUGGACGGUGAUGACGAGGUCGGGUGUGAGAUCGUGUGGUCCUACGUUGCUGACCCUAUUGAUGGGAUGACCAGUGAUGCAUUCUUUGGUUUCAUCUCAUCUUCUCUACAGGGGAUGGCUGCAACAUUGGAAAAAGCUUUGCAAUCUACCUUGAUUGAUUAGUUAAUGAAUCUUUGUGGGUAAGCUUGAGUCUACACCUCUCUUCAAUCUCUUGUCGUGUAAGAUUUACUUUUUUCGAUCAAUUAUAUUGAAAGUUGAUCAAGUAUAUAUUUCCAUACCAAAAUAUUUAGUCUUCUGUCAGCAAUUCCUCUGGAGUAUCUUUUGAUAUUAUAUAAAUAAAUUUAUGAUAUGGCUUGAUCUUGAAAUCUGUAUGCUCGUGGUUGAGUUUUAGUUGAACUGACCGCUCAUUGAGCUCAAUUCUAUCUCAUUAUGGGGUUUCGUAUCAUCAUAAUGUAAUACAGCGUGUGCUUGUAUAAAAAUAAACCCUUCAAUUAAGAAAUCUCUUCAAUGUUAGUCCAUUUUAUAUUCUCUAUUACAACAUUGUAUCGCGUAUUGGAGUGUUCAGAAAUGUAGUAGAGCAUCUACAGAAAUUUCA